AUGAAAUAUCGACAGGAGCACAACAUCAUCCGUGCCUGCACGAUCCACAUGCAGACAGAGAAGACCAAGACGAUAGUGAUUCGUGAAUGGAGCGAUUGCGACAUUGUAGCUCAGUGCUUUGUCUUUCUCUUAGCCGGCUUUGAGACGUGCGCGUUGCGUAUGUGCUUCACAGCCCAAGAGAUGAUGAAGUACGAGGAUGUCCAGCAGAAGCUCUACGAGGGGGUGCAGCAGGUGGACAUCGAUUCGGAUGGCAAAGAAUUGACAUACGAGGCCAUCAUGGGCACGAAGUACUUGGAUCAGGUUGUCUCGGAGGUAUAA